CGUUCUCUCACGUGCGAAGCGCGUGCAUGCGCCAACGCACAAAAGCCCUAGCCUCUCGAACUCCAGCGUCGCUUCCCUCCCGCUAACUCCAGCGUCGCCUGCAGCCUCCCUCCAACGUCGUCUCCUCCCUCCAUCGACCUCCUGAGGCCUCCCUCUAACGGCGUCUCCCUCCAGCGACCUCCCUCCAACGACAUCUCCCUCCAGCAUCGUCUCCCUCCCGCGACCUCCAUCGGCCUCCCUCCCUGGCACCGUGUGGAAGAAAGCGAGGACCUUUUCUGGAAUUAGGAAAAAACUUGUAUCCUAUGUGCUGCUCCUGGCCGCUCUUUCUAAAUUUCCGUGCCUCCCCAAUUGAUACCACUACCAUGGCAAAUUGUUCAUCUAGUAUGGGAGAAAUCUGCAUGCGCGGUGAUCUCUUCUGCACUCCUCGCUCAACAAGCCUUCUGUUUUUUUCAGCUAGCUUUGCUCCAAAGAUUAUAGUAAGCCAAUCCAUGCGGCAUUCGAGAAGAGAUCCAUCUCUCAAAAUAAAAAAGGCAAGCAAAAGGGAGCAUCAUUUGUGGAUGAAGAGAGAUUCAGCAGGGUCUGGACAAAAAGCUCUGAAUCUUGUGCAUACUGUUGAGAAACUUACUAAUGAGAAAGAUGUUAUUUAUAGUACGUUGGACAAGUGGUGUGCUUUUGAAACUGAAUUCCCUGUUAUUGCUGUUGCAAAAGCCUUGGAAAUUCUACGAAGACGAAGAAAGUGGCUUCGAAUCAUUCAGGUUACCAAGUGGUUGUUGAGCAAAGGCCAAGUACUUACAAUGGGAACAUUUGACACAUUACUCUUGGCAUUUGAUAUGGAUGGGAGAGUGGAUGAGGCUGAAUCCGUAUGGAAAAUCAUUUUACAAACAUACACUCGUUCAGUCUCCAAAAAGUUGUUUUCAAGGAUGAUUGCUUUGUACGACCAUCAUCACCAUCCUGAUAAAAUUUUGGAGGUUUUUGCAGAUAUGGAGGAAUUAGGAGUAACCCCUGAUGAUGACACUGUUUCAAGAAUAGGAAGAGCCUUUGAAAUUUUGGGGCAAAAUGAUAAGCGAGAUUUGUUGUUUAAAAGAUACAAGUGCAAGUGGAGGUACCUCCACUUCAAGGGCGAGCAUGUCAGAGUUCGCUCAACAGAAACAUAUAACUAAGGAUCCAAUUUCAUGGGAUCGACUUUUUAUCAAACACAACACAAAUCAGAGUAGUGCAUUGUUGCAGAAUGGUGCACCCAAUUUUUGGGACGAGAUACAAAGUUUCUCCUUAGCAAGCAAGUAGGAAACUCAAAGACAGCUGAACUAUCAGUAAAUACCGUUCUAGAGAAUCAGCUGCAUCUGCCAUCUUGACGGCUUGUGGCUGAACGUCUGGAUAUUCUCUGUUUGUAGUAUUUCAUUGUGAAUACAAUAUGUAUCUUCAGUACAAAUGUUAAGUGCCAAUAUGAUUAAACUUGUUCAGUGUGUAAUAUUUGCAGAGAAACUUAAGUGAAUCGAUGUAGGUAAAUAAUUCAAAGUGAUUAUGAUAAACAUUGUCUUGGAGGAA